CACGCAAACAGUCCAAACCCCCAUCUCUCUCAUCUCUCUCUCAACAAACCUCCUCUUCACACACCAUACAUCACCUCUCUCCCUCCCUCUCCCUCCCUCUUUGGUUAAUAAAAUAGAUACAAAAAGCCACUCUUUCAGUCUUCCUAAAGCAUUUAUUAUCACAAUUUACUCACAAAGUUGCUAAAAACUAUGGCUGUGGUUUUAGUGGGCUUGCUCUUAUUGCUCUCAAUGACCAAAGAUGCUAGUGCGGCAACAUAUUGUCUAUGUAAAGAUGGGAUAGGAGACUCAAUACUUCAGAAGAGCAUAGAUUAUGCUUGUGGAAAUGGAGCUGAUUGUACAGCAAUUAUACAAGGUGGUUCUUGUUAUAAUCCCAACACUAUCAAAGACCAUUGUAAUUAUGCUGUCAAUAGCUACUUCCAGAAAAAGGGUCAAACUAGUACUAGCUGUGAUUUCUCUGGCUCUGCUACUCCUUCUGCAAAUCCACCUCCACCUGUUUCUGGAUGUGUUUACCCAUCAAGUGCUAGUGGAGGAACCCCAACUUCACCUGGGACUGGCACGGGCACACCAGGAACUGGCACGGGCACACCAGGCACGGGGACACCAGGCACUGGAACUCCAGGCACAGGGACUCCAGGGACGGGGACUCCUGGGACAGGGACCGGAACGGGAACGGGAACCGGCACAGGUUUCGUUCCAGGUUCACCGACUUUCCCUGGUCUUGCCCCCACUGGCAUCAAUAAUCCAGACGGCAGUGGAAGUGGGAGGCUCAGUCAAGCAACAAGCUUGUUUUACUCUUUAAUUCUAGCCCUUUCAUUAUCAGGCAUGCUGUGCUUGAGAGGCUAAGUGAAAUCAAUGAAGGCUGUGGAGGGUUUUCUUUAAUCAUGUGUUGAACAUAUUUUGGCACUCAGAGUUGAAGUUUUACGCAAGGGAAUCUGACCAUCUGGACAUUAUUAGGACUUGGGACUUUUUAAGUGGAUAGUGGGUGUUUGAUUCCCUGUUGGCUAGAUGAUAAUAUCAUAUGGCUCCUAGUUAAGUAGAAAGCCUGAUCUUCUCUAUAUAGAUUUUUCCAUUGUAUAUCUAUCUGAAGAGAGGCUGUAUUUUUUUAAAUUUCAUUAUCCUUGAAAACUUAAAUCCAAUAUUCUAAAUUUUCUAUUUAGAAA